AUUCAGUACAAAAAAACACAUUCAACAAACGAGUCGGCGUUACACUGAUUCUUAUAUCGUUAAUAUUUAAAUCGCAUCAUAAUAAUACACUACAAAACAUUGAAUCGUUAAAUUCAGUUGGUUUGUAUCUACAUUUACAUUACAUGUGUGCGUACCAAAAUUUUCUUUUGAGUAAAUAAAUUUUCGACGCAAAUAGAGGCGAAGCUCUCGAAGUAGUUUUUCUUUUUUUUUGCACUGUUUUGUGGAAAAAAUAAACAAAAACACAACUUGAAAACGAGAAAAUUAAGCGAUUUUUUCUUUCGAAAAUAUCAAAAAAAUGGAAAAUAAAAAUAACAAUGUGGUUAAACAAUUAUUGAUAGCGGGUACUGCAGCUUCAAUUGCUGACGCAGCUACUUUUCCUUUUGAUACGGCCAAAGUAAGAUUGCAGCUACAGGGUGAAUCAACAUCUAAUCGAAUAACUGGUACAAAUAAUGAGAAAAAUCUAUUGAAAAUACAAUCAAAACGACCGUUGACAACGGCUUCAUCAAAUGCAUUCCGUACACCAGGUCGACGAUUCAUUUCGAUUUCGCUGCCAAUACCCACACAUGAAAUACCUGUAAAAAUCGACAAAGUUCAAUAUCGCGGCCUGUUCGGUACAAUUGGUACAAUUGCCAAACAAGAAGGUCUACGCUCUCUAUACAAUGGCUUGUCGGCCGGUCUACAGCGUCAAAUGGUAUUCGCGAGCGUGCGUUUGGGCAUGUAUGAUACCGUGAAAACGACCUAUCAAAAAUUAUUCAAUGAAAAUCCAGAUGGAUUGCAUGUAAUGACACGAGUUUUGGCCGGUCUUACUACCGGUGGACUUGCCGUCUGUUUGGGUCAACCCACCGAAGUGGUCAAAAUUAAAUUUCAAGCACAAAAACGCCUUCCGGGAACAAAAUUACUAUAUACAUCAACGCCGGCAACGUAUCGAAAAAUUGGCCGCGAAGAAGGUGUAAAGGGUCUAUGGAAGGGUGCCAUGCCGAACAUCGGUAGAAAUGCAGUCGUUAAUGUGUCAGAAAUUGUUUGCUAUGACAUUGUAAAGGAAUGUCUAAUUGUAUAUGGUGACAUGCGCGAUAAUAUUUUUUGUCAUUUCACAGCUGCCGUGAUAGCAGGUUUUGCAGCAACGGUAGCAGCCUCACCCAUUGACGUUGUGAAAACAAGGUACAUGAAUUCGUCACAAGGUCACUAUAACGGAGCCAUUGACUGUGCUCUAAGAAUGGCCAAACAAGAAGGGCUCACAGCAUUUUAUAAAGGAUUUGUUCCAGCCUUCGCUCGUCUAGUCUCAUGGAAUAUUUGUCUCUGGAUUUCAUUUGAACAAAUCAAAAAAAUUGUUUACAACAACAAUAUUAAUAAUGAACAUUAAUCAAAUAUUAUGGCAAACGAUAGUACAAAUAUACAUAGAUUUAUCGGAAAUGAAUUCACAGUAGUUCAAUUGCAUGAAUGAUUCCACAAUUUGUACUGUGAUUAUUUGCAUAACUAGAAUACUUUCAUAUAAAUGAAAUAUCUAAGGAAAAAUAAAUGUACAGUUAACAUUUCAAGAAAA